GGUAUUCAUGAAUGCCCUCGCGAAGAAGCGCGGUUCUGCACCGGGAGAAGUGUAGCGAGCUAGUAGACAGCUUUAAGCGCCAUUGAUACUUUAUUUCGUGUUUAUGCACUAUACUCAUAUGGUUUUCUAAUCUGUUGUGAUCUUACUUGAAUACAGUUUUGAGAACUCGCUUUUUAUUUCAACUUAACGCUAAAAUAAACUAGCUAACGUUAGCGAUUAUGUCGGGAGGCGUCGUGCGAGGCCCUGCAGGAAAUAACGAUUGUCGUAUUUACGUCGGAAAUCUACCCCCUGAUAUUCGCACCAAAGAUGUCGAGGACGUGUUUUACAAAUACGGAGCGAUUCGCGACAUCGACUUGAAAAAUCGGAGAGGAGGACCUCCUUUUGCCUUUAUCGAAUUUGAAGAUCCCAGGGAUGCCGACGAUGCAGUGUACGGACGAGACGGCUAUGACUACGACGGUUAUCGGCUGCGAGUUGAAUUCCCUCGGAGCGGCAGGGGUGGGGGGAGAGGCGGCUUUGGUGGUGGUGGAGGGGUUGGUGGCGCCCCUAGAGGCAGAUACGGGCCGCCAUCCAGACGCUCCGAGUACAGGGUCAUUGUCUCAGGGCUUCCCCAGAGUGGCAGCUGGCAGGACCUCAAGGAUCACAUGCGUGAGGCUGGGGAUGUAUGUUAUGCUGACGUUUUCAGGGAUGGAACUGGGGUUGUGGAGUUUGUGCGCAAAGAAGACAUGACCUACGCUGUUCGAAAGCUGGAUAACACCAAAUUCCGAUCACACGAGGGAGAGACCGCUUACGUUCGCGUGAAAGUAGAUGGUCCCCGCAGCCCGAGUUAUGGAAGAUCCCGUUCCAGGAGCCGCAGUCGAAGCAGGAGCCGCAGCGCAGCCAGUCGCAGCCGCAGCAACUCUCGCAGUGGUGGUUCCCGUGGUGGCAGAGGAUCUCCUCGCUACUCUCCACGCCAUAGCCGCUCUCGCUCCCGUUCCUAAACUCUGUUGCCCUUUUGGUGGAUCCCCUGUAAACAGUUCCCCUCUCCACUUGUUUUUACCCCCUUUUGAGUUUUUCCAGAAGUCAACUAUAGAUUUGAAUUUUUGCAUUGCAUCUCCUGAUGUCCUAGUGGAAGGUCUUGGUAUGUAGGUGUAUCACCUUUCUUCCCUCCCCUGACCCUCCCUACUUUAGUCCUUUUGUUUUGAUCCCUUUCAAUUCAUUUUGAUUUACCUAUUGUCUGUCCUCAAUUUUUGCAACACUUGAAACCCGGUUGUUCUUUUUAAUAAGAUCAAUGUUUUUGUAAGUGUUGGAAAAUUGAGAUGUACUUUUUCAUGGGAUGGCGGGAGUUCAUUGCUAAACUGUUUUACCCUUGUGUCUUCCUUUAGACAUCUGAAGAUAAGGAUUAAAGAGUGAUUUGGAAUAAAA